AUGGCCCAGGAAUUUAAGCUCAAGGACUUGACGUCCCUUUCCUUGUCGCCCGGCUCCAAACAAGAAGUCGAGGUCGAAGGGAUUGACGGCGGCAAAGUCCUUCUGGUCAAUAUCGGCGGCAAGAUUCAAGCUCUCGGAGCAAAAUGCACACACUAUGGAGCACCUUUGGCCAAGGGUGUCAUUUCUUCAGACGGCCGAGUCAAGUGUCCCUGGCACGGUGCCUGCUUCAGCACCAGCACCGGCGAUGUCGAGGAAGCCCCCGGUCUCGAUGCACUCCCAGUCUUCAAGGUCGCCGAACGUGAUGGAGCCGUGUACGUCACAGGCGACGAAUCUGCAAUCAAGAGUUCUCGAAGAAAGCCCAAUAUUAGCUGCAGUGGAGCUUCUACAGGAGACGAGAAAGUGGUCAUUGUCGGAGGCGGUUCUGCUACGUUAGGAGCUGUUGAGGGUUUGCGUGAAAAGGGAUUCACUGGUGCCAUCACUGUCAUCUCGAAUGAGGGCUACUUUCCCAUUGAUAGACCUAAGCUGAGCAAAGCGCUCAUGACGGACCUAUCCAAGCUGCAAUGGAGAGACAAGGGCUGGUUUGAGAACAGCAACGUCGAGUGGGUGGAGGGUGAAGCUACGGCAGUUGACUUUGGGAACCGCAAGGUGACGACUAAGAACGGACAGAAUAUCUCUUACACGAAAUUAAUCCUUGCUACCGGAGGAACAGCCCGCACCCUACCAGUCAAUGGCUUCCGCGUUUUGGGAAACAUCUUUACACUGCGAAAUGUACACGAUGUGAAGAAGAUUGUGGAGGCAAUUGGUGACAAGGGCAAGAAGAUCGUUAUUGUUGGAGCCUCCUUCAUCGGCAUGGAAGUCGCCAAUGCCACCUGCAAGGACAAUACUGUCACGGUGGCAGAUAUGACCAAAGUUCCGUUGGAGCGUGUUUUGGGCGAAAAAGUUGGCGCCGGCAUUCAAAAGGCCGUUGAGGCCAAGGGAGUCAAGUUUCACUUGGGAGGCGGCAUCGAGCGAGCGGAACCAUCAACGUCAGACCCGUCUAACGUUGGCGCCGUGAUCCUCUCAGAUGGCACGAAGCUGGAGGCUGAUCUGGUCAUUCUUGGUGUUGGUGUUAUGCCCGCGACAGAAUAUCUCAGAGACAACGCUGUGCUGCGUCUCGAAAAAGACGGAUCGAUCCAGACGGAUGAGAACUUCCAAGUCUCCGGGCUCAAGGAUGUCUAUGCGGUUGGCGAUAUUGCCACGCACCCGUAUUCAGGACCCGGAGGCGAAGGUAAGCUAGUUCGCAUUGAACACUGGAACGUUGCCCAAAACUCCGGCCGACACGUGGCAAACCAUAUUGUGAAUCCAUCUCAAAAGCAACCCCACAACAUUCCCAUUUUCUGGUCGGCACUCGGUGCGCAGAUGCGAUACUGUGGAAAUACGGCGAAUGGAUGGGACGAUGUGAUUAUCCAAGGCGAUCCUGCUGAAGCCAAGUUCGUUGCGUACUACACCAAGGGCGAGACGGUUGUAGCCAUGGCCAGUAUGGGCAAGGACCCGCUCAUGUCACAGUCUUCCGAGCUGAUGAGACUGAAUAAGAUGCCGUCCAAGACGCAUAUCCAGGAUGGUGUGGAUGUCAUGUCUGUGGCAACCUAG